AUGGCUAGCAUCACCACCGCCCCCCCAAUCACCCUUGGGCCCCUGGACCAAAUCGCGCCUCGCAUCUACGUCCGAUCGGUCUUCGUCUUUGACGUGGACAGCAGCUUCGACAUCAACAAGGCCCUAUGCCACAUCGCCAUCCGCCUCCAGCUCUCUCUCAUGCGGUGGCCCUUCCUGGCCGGUCAGAUUCGGCCUGCCGCCAACCCGACCCAGCUGAACCAGCUCGAGCUCUCCUACGACCUCGAUGAAAACCAGAGCGACCCCCUCCAGAGACCCGACCUCUUUGCCUACGAGUUCUGCCGAGGUCUCUGGGGCUUUAACUACGGGGAGCUCAAGGAGCUAGACAUGCCCCCCUCCGCCAUGGACAAGGACAUCCUCUCGCUUUCACCCGACCACCCCAAGCCCGGGGAAUCGUGUCCUCCCAUCACACUCAAAGUUACUAGAGUUGACAGAGGCGGGCUGAUCCUUUGCUUCUCAACCCAUCAUGCCAUAUUCGACGGUGGAUUCAUCAAGACAUUUCUGGAGUUCUUUGGAAACGGCUGGAUGGAUGUCCCCGGCAUCUUUCUCGGGGAGCUUGCAAACCCAGCCAGCAUGGAGCAGCACAAGGGAACCAACAUUAAGGGCACGGUCUUCCCUGAGUACAACUUCACAAAGGAAACAGACCUCGUUCCUGGCAUGAACAGGCUCACUGUAGCCCAGGUGGCCAAGGCCCCUGAAGCAGUCUGUCUUCUCUACAAGAUUCAGAACUUAACCCUCAGAACUCUCCAUGAACAGGCUCUCACAAAGCUCCGCCUUCAGUAUGGCCCAGACGCCUUUGUCUCCGUGGUCGACACCCUCUCCGCCCUCGUCUGGGUCCACACCACCCGAGCGCGCCUCGAACACCUUGCCUUGGACGACAAGACCUCCUUUACCACAGCAGCAGACGCCCGUCUCCGUCUGUCCCCGGCAUUCUCGGCCGGCUCAUGGGGCAAUGUGUACACUCAAACAAGCGCCAGCACCACCGUGGCAGACCUCAUCCAGUACCAGGACACCAUGGACGCAGACUCCACACCCGCCAUCAUUGCCGCCGCCUGGCUCAUCCGGCAGGCCGUCAACCAGGUGUCCGCGCCGGGCUACAUCCCAUCGCGUAUCGCCCUCGCCGCCUCCCUCGCCGACCCGACCGCUGAGGGCGUCGCCUUCCGCCGAGCCCUGAAGCCCGACCACGCUGGCCUGGGCUGCAGUGUCUGGACGCACAUGGGCGCCGACGUCGACUUUCGCAUCCCUGGUACCGCGGGGAAGGCGGACUACGUCCGCAAGACGUGGUCGGCCAACGAAGGCAGCAUGAACAUUAUGCAGCGCCGCGGCAUCAGCAAGGGCGAUGCGCCCUGGGAGGUGCUCCUGGCCCUCCGAGAGGACGACAUGGAGCGAAUGUGCGCCCCGACCGAGCUUGGCCGCUGGGCCGUCUCGUGGUAUGGUUGA